AUGAAUAAGCUUCGCUUUGGAAAGCCACAUAUCGACAUUGUAUGUCAUACUGAUGACAAGUUUCUCAAAGCUAUUUCCUUGGUCACGUUUCUUGUGUUGUUACCUUUGGAAGAUCCAAUGUCAUUGAAGGCUCUGGAUUUUAGUGGCUUUACCUUCUCUCGACUUGAAAAGUUAGUGAUAUGUGGCCGUAUCUGGUUGGAUAUACUUCCACUAAUUCUCAACAACUCUCCUAAACUAAGUGUUCUUGCUAUCACUUCUAUAAGUGGAUAUCUACCCGGAAAUCUCCCAACGUCAUGGUCCCAACCAAGUUUUGUUCCCAGAUGCUUGUCGGCUCAUUUAGAGGAGUUUUUGUGGCAUGGAUAUAGAGGAAACGAAGAAGAGACACAGCUCAUAAGAUACAUUUUUGCUAAUGCAAAGUGUUUAAAGAAAGUGACAGUCACAUUUAUAUGGGAACAUAUUCAAAUAUCCGCCUUCAAUCUUGAAGAGAGAGAGAGGUGA